AUGUUGUUCUUCACCCUCCUGCUAGAGGUGAUUUGGACCCUGGCUGCCAACGGGGGUCAACACUGGACAUAUGACGGUCCACAUGGUCAAGACCACUGGCCAGUGUCUUACCCUGAGUGUGGAAGCAACGCCCAGUCCCCCAUCAACAUUCAGACAGACAGUGUGACUUUUGACCCUGAGUUGCUACCUCUGCAGCCCCAUGGAUAUGAACAGCCUGGCACCGAGCCUUUGGACCUGCACAAUAAUGGCCACACAGUGCAACUCUCUCUGCCCCCUACCCUGUAUCUGGAAGGACUUCCCCGAAAAUACGUAGCUGCCCAGCUCCACCUGCACUGGGGUCAGAAAGGAUCCCCGGGGGGGUCAGAGCACCAGAUCAAUGGCGAAGCCACAGCUGCAGAGCUCCACAUCGUACAUUAUGAUUCUGAUUCCUACGAAAGCUUAAGUGAGGCUGCUCAGAGGCCUCAGGGCCUGGCUGUCUUGGGCAUCCUCAUUGAGGUGGGUGAGACUAAGAAUCCAGCUUAUGAACACAUUCUGAGUCACUUGCAUGAAAUCAGGCAUAAAGAUCAGAAGACCUCAGUGCCUCCCUUCAACCUGAGAGAGUUGUUCCCCCCACUGCUGGCGCAGUUCUUCCGUUACAAUGGCUCGCUCACCACACCGCCCUGCUACCAGAGUGUGCUCUGGACAGUCUUCAGUCGAAGGGCCCAGAUUUCAAUGGGACAGCUGGAAAAGCUUCAAGAGACACUGUUCUCCACGGAAGAGGAGCCCUCUAAGCUCCUGGUACAGAACUACCGAGCCCCCCAGUCUCUCAAUCAGCGAACGGUCUUUGCUUCGUUCAUCCAAGUGGGAUCCUUGUACACCACAGGUGAAAUGCUGAGUCUGGGAGUGGGAAUCCUGGUUGGCUGUCUCUGCCUUCUGCUGGCUGUUUAUUUCAUUGCUAGAAAGAUUCGGAAGAAGAGACUAGGAAACCGGAAAAGUGUGGUCUUCACCUCAGCACGAGCCACCGAGGCAUAG